UUGUCUGCUCGUUGAGCUAACAUCAACCGGAACGUGCAACCUCCUCGACAGUCACUGUUGAACCGUCGCUGAGUCAACACGACAAUAAUGGUGGAGGUGGACCUGUACGUGGCGGUGGCCGUCGGCGCCAUCAUUCUACUGCUUUAUCACUACGCGUCGAAGAAAUACGAAUACUUCCUGGCGAAACCGAUUCCGGUCUUGAAGCCGACGUUUUUGCUCGGCAGUACCGGUCCGAUGAUGUUCCGCCGGCGGGAUGUGUCCUCGCACGUGAAGCUGCUGUACGAUGCGUUCGAGGAUUACAAGAUUGUCGGUUUCUACGACCUGAUGAAGCCGAUUUAUAUGAUGCGCGAUCCGGAAGUGAUCAAGCAGAUCACGGUCAAGGACUUUGACUACUUCAUGGAUCACACACCGACGAUGACGAAUAGUAAACCGGACGACGAGGUCGGGGGGGAAAGUUUGUUCGGGAACUCGCUGUUCGCACUCCGUGGGCAAAAGUGGAGGGAUAUGCGGGCGACGUUGAGUCCGGCGUUCACCGGAAGCAAGAUGCGACAUAUGUUUGAUUUGGUGGCGGAUUGUGCGAAGUCGAUGGGGGAAUUUUUCAAGUCCGAAGCUGCAGCCGGGAAGGUGUUGGAGUACGAAAUGAAGGAUACCUUCUCGAGGUUUGGAAAUGAUGUGAUAGCAACGGUUGCUUUCGGGAUCAAGGUAGACUCGCUGCGUGAUCGUGAAAACGAGUUCUUCAUGAAGGGUAAGGCAAUGUUGAACUUCCAGUCGCUGUUUGUGUUGGUGAAGUUCUUGCUGUUACGAGCUUUUCCUGCCUUGGCACAGAAGAUCGGAGUGGAUUUUGUGGAUUCUUCUUUGACUGAUUACUUUAAAAGAAUGAUCGUAGAUAAUAUGAAACAGAGGGACGCCCAUGGGAUAUUCCGGAAUGAUAUGAUCCAGAUGCUUAUGGAGGUUCGAAAAGGUUCGUUGAGGCAUCAGAAAGACGAACAAGACACGAAAGAUGCCGGAUUUGCCACGGUAGAAGAGUCAAACGUUGGAAAAUCGACAAUCAACAGAGUGUGGACAGAGAACGAAUUGAUUUCGCAAUGUUUCCUGUUCUUUCUGGCAGGUUUCGACACAGUUUCUACCUGCAUGACAUUCCUCACAUACGAGCUUAUGCUCAAUCCCGAUGUUCAACAACGCCUCUACGAUGAAGUGAUAGAAACGGAAGAGUCAUUGAACGGCAAACCGCUAACUUACGAGGUGCUACAGAAGAUGGAAUACAUGGAUAUGGUCGUGUCCGAAGCUCUUCGUAAGUGGCCUCCUGCAUUAAUUUCGGAUCGGUUCUGCGUCAAGAAUUACAUGUACGACGAUGGGAACGGACUACGCUUCCCCAUCGAGAAGGGCCAAACGAUGUGGAUUCCAACGAUCGCUAUCCACAACGACCCCAAGUAUUACGAAAAUCCGGAAAAGUUUGACCCGGAGCGGUUCAGCGAGGAAAAUCGCUCGAAAAUCGAUGCUGCCGCUUAUCUGCCGUUUGGCGCAGGCCCUCGGAACUGUAUCGGGUCUCGGUUGGCGCUGAUGGAAGUGAAAGUGAUUGUCUAUAAUUUGCUGAAGGAUUUUAGCAUCGAAGCUAGCGAGAAAACGCAAAUUCCAUUGAAAAUGGCGAAAAACUUCUUUGCUUUGCAGGCGGAGAAAGGCGUUUGGCUUGAGUUCAAGCCCAGAAAACAGUGAUGGGAUCGAUGCAUGUGAGCAAGCGUCAGCUACUUAUAUGAAAAAAAUGGAUGCAUAUAAAAUUUCAUAACUGUAGAAACAAACAUCUUUGUUUAAAUAGAACUUUUUUAAAUGUA